GCAUGGUUCUAACAAAGGGUUAACUACCAGCUCAGUGAAGUAUGACAUGACACUUUGCAUUUGAAACUUGACUGAACAUGAGGCAUGUCUUUCAGCAGUUACCAUCUUCCGUUUUUUUUUCUGGGAAUGUCAGUAAGAGACUUUUCGCUCAGUCUUUGUAACAUUCUGCUGCUGCAGUCAUUUGUUCAGCUACCAGGUAUUGUGUGUACGGGGCAGAAAAGAUCCUUUUUAACAGAUUUAACAGGACAGUUUUUUCUGCAAGGAUUUUGGCGAGGCGUGAUGAUGACAUGCAUGGCUGGAUCCAGAAACUCUUGAAAUCAAGAACAUCUGUGUCAGUGCAACGUGAACAAGAAGAAAAAGCGACAACAGAGUCAGUGUCUUCUGUCGGCAGCACAACAACUUCAUCUACAUGGUCAUGCUCUUCUUUGUCAUCUUCAUCAUCUCCAUCACUGGGGACAUCCCCUUCAAAACCACAACAGCCACAAUCGGCUCUGAGCUCGCUGCUCAGAUGGAGCCGAAAGUAUGACGUGUUUGUGUGCCACAGCUCUGUGGACAGGGACAUUGAGGAAGCUGCACGCCUAGUGUCUUUCCUGGAGGCUUCGCCUUGUAGUCUAAGGUGCUUUCUAUGGCAUAGAGACACCUGUCCAGGAGGUGCAAUGUCCACAGAGUUAUGUCAGGCUGUGCAAAACAGCCACUUAAGGGUUCUGCUUAUCACGCCUCACUUCCUGCAAGAGGAUUGGUGCAAGUACAUGAUGCACCAGGCUCUGGCAGAAGGACCUAUGUCCAAUCGCAUUAUUCCCCUGGUUCAGAACCUGUCCCACUCUCAGUAUCCUCAGGAACUGAGGUUCUACUUCUAUAUUAACCUGAACAGAAACCCUGACCGAGGUUAUGCUCUCGUCAACAAGACUGUUCUCAAGUACCUGAAAGACCUGGUUAAAAACGAGAAGACAUUUGAUUGCAGCAUGGACAGUAACGGACUAUUUGGAGAAGGCAGCCCAAAAAAAGACAAGCUGGGGUCAAAGUGUUUACCCGCCGAGGCUUCAAUACCCCUGGAAGAGAUAGCAAAGAAAGAUGAAAGCGUCAGUGUCUUUUCCUGUAAUCAUCAACAGUGAUCAAAUAUGGAGAUAGAGGGCAAGUGGCUCUGAAUUGAAAACUGCUUCUGUUGAACAGACUCUCUCAACUUAAGUGACCCUUUUAUCACAUCAUGUGAGAAUAAGGCUCUAAGCGUGUGUGAUGAACAGAAAACAUUUUAUUUCAAGCAGCAGUGUUGCAUAUUUCCUGUAUCAGAUCUAGAGAAGUAGCCUACAGUGUGUUCUGACCUGAGUAAACAAUGAGCACAUAUCAUAAAAAUGUGUGGUUAUAGUCUGAGCUUGUAACACAUAAUUCAGUUCAAUUGCAGCCCAUAGAUAACGUUUACAAUGUAGGGCACUCAAAUGCCAUAAGGGAUCGGGAUGAACUUAAUCCUCCUUUAUACAGACUAAAACUGAGAGAUUACUUUAUUGUGGAUGACACUGUGGAUGAAUGAUGACAACAGUGUUAUACAUAGUGUUUGCCACUAGGUGGUGCAUUUUCCUCUUUUAUCCAAUCGAGAGUGCUUGUGAGGAGAUGCAUGUUACAGAUGUGUGAUCUCGCUUGUAUAAUGUUCAGCCUUUACCAUCGACAGCAAUGAUAACAGUCGACGUGUCUCGUACAUGUAUGUGUGUGAAAUAGAGAGCGAGAGUAAAUAGACCCACCCAUGACAAAUUGACAGUGGCAUGACUUUUUCGGGGAACUGGGACUUAGAUAAUGAGGAAGUGUGAUUCCCUUUGAGAAAAAUCACAGCUUAGUGUUUUACUUAUACUGUAUAUAAACUCUCUCUUAAACACAUAGCAAGAGCUCACAAGUAUGGCACUGCUCUGCUGGUAUUUAUAUUUCAGUCACCAUAUAUUUCUGUUUUUAGCUCAGCUUUUGGAAGACAGUCUGAACAUGUUGAAGAUUUGUUUUUUUAUUGGGCUAUAUAGAAUUGAUUAACAAUAGAAGGUGCUGCCAAGGACAUUUCAAUCAGGAGAUACUUUGUUGCAUAUAUGGAAAGAUGUAUUGUACAUAUGCAUAAUAUGAAAUGUGCAGUCUUUGGAGAUUAACUCCAUCGUAUUUUU